CACAAGCAACGCACUCCUUCGGGUGUUUGGACUAGUUUUUUUUCCCGAUUCACCGCACAUAUACCCGUUCAUCAUGGGCUCCGGUAGCUCCAAGCCCGAGGCUUCGGCGGGCUCGAAACAUCUUUUCCAGGGGUAGGUACUGUGCUUUCUUGAUUUGGGGGUUAGGGAGGUGGAUGGAUGGAUUGGAUUGGAUUGUGUGGAUUGGGGAUCCUGAGGAGAUGGGACGUUGAGUGAUGGGUUCAUGGGUCCAUGGCAAUCUGAUAGACCGACGGAUGGAUGGAAGGAUGGAUCAAUUGUCAAUGGGACAAGCAAGUCAAGACACCAAAGCUAACAAUCAACACCAGCUCCGCACCUAUCCAAUUCUCCUCCAACGUCGUCGACUCCCUCCAGUCCAACACCGAGACCGACUCCGCCCGCGCCAAAACCCUCGAACUCCAGAUCCAAGCGCGCGUAUCCCAAGAACUCGAGCGCCUGCGCGAACGCGAACAACAAACCCUCGCCGAGAUCGAGAAGCGCCUCGCCGAAGUGAAAGACACGCCUAGCCCGUCGCCCGCCGCCCCGAACGUCAGCUACCCGCCGGGCUCCCUGAACCUGGACGCGCCGCGGAUCCCGUUCGCCGGCCGCGAGUAUGCGCCUGCGCCGCCUCUGCCGGAAGACCAGGCGCGGCCGAUCAACCGGGACGUGUCGCGGGAGUCGGUGAACGGGGAGAUCGAGGAGCUGCGGGCGAGACUGGAGGGGCGGAGAAAGCUCGCGGAGCUGGAUUCGGGCGUCGAGAAGGCGAAGGCGGAUGUGGUGAGCUGCCUCCGGUUGAAUGAUCGGCGGCCGUUGGAUUGCUGGAAGGAGGUUGAGGGGUUUAAGAAGGAGGUUGCGAGGAUGGAGGAGGCGUUUGUGGAUCGGGUUGUUGGUUAGGUUUUUCUUUUUUGAUUGACCGAGCUGAGAUUCGAGUUCCGUGGACCUAGUUAGAUAGGUUUUUUCGGGUCUGUCUGUCUGACUGGCCGGGUUAGAGAGGCCGAGAAGGAAAAGCGAUGGAGAAUGCGGAUUGCGCUCCUAGAUGAUAGAUUUGUGGGCCGAUUCGUGGUUAUGUGUAUCUGUAUAGCUUAGUACUUAUCCAUUUUGUUUGACUGUC